GGUGGGCGUGGUGCUCUAUUGUGUUCAAAAUCCUGGGUUAAAAAUCCUUACACAGUGAAGGCAGUACAGAAUUUGUGCACUCUUCAUUCAGUGAAGGCUCUGUAGAUAGAUUGUCAACAUGCCUGAACCUGAGAGGAAAUCAAAAAUUUCAGCAUCCCGCAAGCUCCUUCUAAAGAGUUUAAUGCUGGCAAAGGCAAAAGAGGCAUGGGAUCAGGAUCAUAUUAAUACACAAGAAGAGAAGGAAAGAUACUUAAGUGAGAGAGUACCCCAGGAAAAUUACCAUGGCCUGUCAUUAGCUGCACUACAGGAAUUAUGCAGAGAUCUACAUGAAAAAGUUGGCAUUGUGGACGAGGAAAGAUAUGAUAUUGAAGUAAAAGUCAAUCACAACACCAGGGAGAUUCAGGAUCUGAGAAUGAAAGUGCUGGAUCUUCGUGGAAAGUUCAAGAGGCCUGCUCUACGCAGAGUUAGAGUAUCUGCAGAUGCCAUGCUUCGUGCACUUUUGGGUUCAAAGCACAAGGUUUCCAUGGACCUCCGUGCCAAUUUAAAAUCUGUAAAGAAAGAAGAUACUGAGAAGGAACGCCCAGUUGAAGUAAGUGAUUGGCGUAAAAAUGUGGAAGCAAUGUCUGGCAUGGAGGGAAGAAAGAAGAUGUUUGAUGCUGCUAAGUCACCACCUGCACAAUGAGAAGGUUAGUGAGAAGAGGGUUAACGAAGAGUGUCAGCAUUUUCACUCCAAUUAUCUCUUGAAUUUAUGCUUCCCUUGCUACUUUUACAUUCAUUCCCCACACUCCUUUAUUACUGCUAAAUUUAAGUUGGUUGUGCAACCUAGUAAAGGUUUUACCAUUGUAAAGAGAUUCUUAUUCCAGGAUGGGUUGCUGUCUGUGCGCUUCUUGUAUAGUUUAUCCAGAUCAAUAAAAUAUUCAACAUUGUA